UUUUUAAAAAAGUGCCCAAGCAAAAUUAAACUGAAAAACCUAACAUCUGUAUCAGAAUUUCAUCUCAUGACACUCUCAGAGGACCCAAACCUGCAGCCCAUCCUCUUUGCCUUGUUCCUGUGCAUGUACCUGGUUGGGGGGCUCAGGAACCUGCUCAUCAUCCUGGCUGUCAGCUCUGACUAUCGCCUCUGCACCCCCAUGUACUUCUUCCUCUCCAACCUGUCCUUGGCUGACAUCUGCUUCAUCUCCACCACGGUCCCAAAGAUGCUCAUGAACAUCCAAACUCACAGCAGAGCCAUCUCCUAUGUGGGCUGCUUGACACAGAUGUCCAUUUUUAUCAUUUUUGGAUGUAUGGAUGACAUGCUUCUGGACAUGAUGGCCUAUGACUGGUUUGUGGCCAUCUGUCACCCCCUGCAAUUCAUCAUUGUGAACCCUCGUCUCUGUGGCUUUUUAGUUAUGGUGUCUGUUUUGUUUAGCCUUUUGGAAGCCCAGCUCCACAAUUUUAUUGUCUUACACUUUGCCUACUUUAAAGAUGUGGAAAUUUCUAAUUUCUUUUGUGAGGCUUCUCAAGUACUGAAUCUUUCUUGUUCUGAUACCUUUACCAAAAAUGCAAUCAUGUAUUUUGUUGGUGCCAUCUCAGGAUUCCUUCCUCUCUCAGGCAUCUUUUACUCAUACUACAAAAUUGUUUCCUCUGUUCUUAGAAUCCCAUCAUCAAGUGGGAAGUACAAAGCCUUCUCCACCUGUGGGUCUCACCUGGCAGUUGUUUGUUUAUUUUAUGGAACAGCAGUUGGAGUGUACCUUGCUUCUACUGUAUCACAAUCACCCAGAAAGAUUUCUGUGUUCUCACUGAUGUAUGCUGUGGUCGUUCCUAUGCUGAAUCCUUUUAUCUACAGCCUGAGGAACAGGGACAUUAAUAAUGCUCUGUGGAGGGUGCACAGCAGGACAGUGUAA